AUGUCUCUGAUCAAGGGAAAUCCUCAAGUGUGCAAAGCCGACAUUACCCGGAUGAUUGAUUGUAAUGAUGAUAGUAGUAGUGGUGGUGGUGGUGGUCGUAGUAGUGGUAGUAGUAGUAGUCAUAGUAGUAGUAAUGGUAGUAGUAGUAGUGGUAGUAGUAGUAGUGGUAGUAGUAGUGGUAGUAGUGGUGGUAGUAGUGGUGGUAGUAGUGGUAGUAGUGGUGGUGGUAGUAGUGGUGGUAGUAGUGGUAGUAGUAGUAGUAGUGGUAGUGGUAGUAGUAGUGGUAGUAGUAGUGGUAGUAGUAGUAGUAGUAGUGGUAGUAGUAGUGGUAGUAGUGGUGGUAGUGGUGUAAAAGUAGAAGGAAUAGUAAUAAGAGGAGUAGAAAUAAUAGUACCAGUAAUAACAGUAGUAGUAAUGAUAAUAGUAAUAGUAUUAGUGAUAGUAUCAGUAUGA